UCGAGGCUGGACUGUGGCUCCCCGCGCGCGGACUGUCGGGGUGUGCUCGUCCUUCCCUGGGUGCCAUUUGGGAAGACCGCGGCGCGAAGGAGGAGGCGGGGAGCCCGGCGUUUCUGCGAAAUCGUUCUGGGGGGUGGGGGACGGUCAAGAGCGAGCAGAAGGUACCGACAAUAGGAGGGCGCAAUGCUGGAGGAGCGACGGCGGCGGCAGCAGCAGCAACCGCGCGCUCUGGUCCUGGGAAGGGAGAUGCCCGGGAGUCGCUCCUCUUCCUGCAGCCUUCCCGGCCCGCUCCCGUCUCCCCAGGGGGCGUUUUAAAGUUUCAGGAUGGCCGCACCCCGGAUUAAGCAGGAGUCUCGCGUUCAAGCUCGUCUGCCGAGGGGAAGGGAAAGCCCGCGGCGCGGAGGGUGCCGGAGAAGGCGGCUCCGCUGAUCUGAGCCUACCAUGCCGGCGUGGGGGCGCCUGGUUUGCGCACAGCCUGAGCUCGCCGCUGCUGUGCAGGAGGACGGCGCUGCAGUUCGGGAGCGAGGCCGAGGAAGUGAAAGCGAGACGGGGAGGGCGCAGGGGGCCUCUUGCUCCCGCACGCGGAGCGGUCUGCUGGGGGAGAUGGGUGCCGGCCAAGGGAGCUCCCGAGCGGAGGCAAUGCCAGCCUGUCUUCUGGGCGGGAGAACCCCGUGGAGGAGCCCGGCAGGACGAGGCGGCGGCGCCCGUUGAAGCAGCAGCCUCGUCUCCGCCCCUGCCAUACCUGUGCCUGAGCGUUGGAGAGAAGGGGACUGUCGCCGGCCCUGCUAGAUGGCGAACUCCAGCGAGCUGGGAAGCAGCAGCAGCCCCCACCUGCCCAGCCCUGGCAGCCUCCUGGGCACCUCUGGCCUGAAGCUGGCCACCCUGGGCUUGAUCCUUUGCCUCAGCCUUGCUGGCAACCUGCUCUUUGCUUGGCUCAUCCUCAAGGAUCGCCACCUGCACCGGGCCCCGUACUACUUGCUCCUGGACCUGUGCCUGGCAGACGGCCUGCGCUCCCUGGCCUGCUUCCCCUUUGUCAUGCUCUCGGUGCACAGCGGGGUGGGCUUCUGGCCCCACGGGCUCCUCAGCUGCAAAGUGCUGGCUUUCCUGUCUGUGCUGUUCUGCUUUCAUGCUGCCUUUCUGCUCUUCUGCGUGGGGGUGACGCGCUAUAUGGCCAUUGCCCAUCACCGCUUCUACGCCAAGCGCAUGACUGGCUGGACCUGUUUGGCUAUGGUGUUCAUGGUGUGGACGCUCUCCAUGGCCAUGGCCUUCCCCCCGGUCUUUGACGUUGGCACUUACAAGUUCAUCCGUGAGGAGGAGCAGUGCAUCUUUGAGCACCGUUAUGUCAAGGCCAAUGAUACCCUGGGUUUCAUGCUCAUGCUCGCCACAGUCAUGGCAGCCACCCACCUGGUUUAUGUCAAGCUCCUGUUCUUCAUUCACAGUCACCGCAAAAUGAAGCCCGCCCAGUUGGUGCCAGCCAUUAGCCAGAACUGGACUUUCCACGGGCCUGGAGCUACCGGGCAGGCAGCUGCUAACUGGACGGCUGGCUUUGGCCGGGGUCCUACCCCUCCUACCUUGGUGGGCAUCCGACAAAAUACUACUCAUAGCCAGAUCAAGAGACUGCUGGUCUUAGAGGAGUUCAAAAUGGAGAAGAGGAUUUGCAAGAUGUUCUACAUGAUCACCCUCCUGUUCCUGCUUCUCUGGUCUCCCUACAUUGUGACCUGUUAUUUGCGUGUUUUCAUCAAGGCCAGCAUAAUCCCCCAGAUUUACUUGACCACCUCUGUCUGGAUGACCUUUGCCCAGGCAGGAGUCAACCCUAUCCUUUGUUUCAUUUUCAACAAGGAGCUUAGAGUCUGUUUCAGAUCUCACUUCUUUUGCUGCCAAAGCAUACAGAAUACUCAAGGCACAAUUCUGUGUGAUCUGAAGAAUUUGGGGAUAUAGUUCAUUUUUCCUUAAAAAAGAAAAAAAAAAGUUAAAAAUGUCUAUGCUUUUUUUUGGCAUGUGCACUUGCAUCAUGAUUAUCUAAGCAAACCUCUUGACCUCACCAAACCAGUAGGUAAAAAUAGGGUAUUUAUAUCCAGAUUUCUGGUGGGGGGUGGGGGGUCUUCUAUAUGUCUCUGGAGGGUGGGAAAGCAGAGAAUAAGACAGGUUCCAUUUUUAUCUCUGCUCUGCAUUUCUACAGAUUAUUCUGACAUGGAUUAAAGGCCAUAAUUUUGUGUUAAUUUUUCUUCCCAAUCUUGCCAGUUUUGAUAAAAGUUUAACAAUUUUAUUCCUUAUGUAAGAUUUGAUAAAAGGUCAAGACAAAAUUUUGUACUAAAGUUAUUUUUGAUGACCUCAGAAUAUUGUAUUAUUAGGGUAUUUGUCUUUCAAGAGCAAUGGAAAUGAAGAAACUGAACUGUGUUUAGAAGUCACUUCUUUGUAGGGAGCUUUGGGGCUAAUUUUGUUUCAGUACUUAAAGAUAACUUUCUAGCUUUGCCUGAAAAUAUGGAUACAGUCUUAUCCUAAUUAUACUAGAAUCAUUAGCUCAUUUCCUACUAACCUAAUGAGUAUUGUGUUCACUUACUCUGAUGUAGAACUAAUUUAAACUUUCUUGUACUGUUUCUUUAAUAGUAUUUCAGACACUUACGAAAAAUGGUAAUUUUAAAAGAAAAAAUGAUCAACUUUUAAAACUGUCAGGAUCAGGUUUUUAAAUUACACUGACUUUCAUACUUUACUGGCUUUAUAAGAUCUUAUCUACAAACUGGGUAAUGCUUGUAUAUUUGAA